AUGGGUAUCACUGGGGAGCUGGUUAGGAGUGUCUUUUCCAAAAGCCGGUCCGUUGGAGCCCAUGAGAGCAAUGUAAGGAGCAAUGCAGGAGAAAAAAGAAGAUGGAGCUCAGUUAGGUCUUACCUAUGUGGUGAUGAACUUAAUUCAGCCAUUGCAGAGGAGGAUUCAGCUUCUGUUAGGAGCACCAGAGCUGCUACUACACAGCCUGAAUUGAGUUCAGUACUUCUGGAAGAGGAUACAGCUUCUGCCAAUAACUCUGAGGCCACUGUCACACAACCCAUAAUAGAGAACUUUACUGAAAAAGGAGAGAUCCAAAGCAAAGAAACCAAUGAAGAAACACAAGAGGAAAGGCAGAAUUCAACGGCAAAAUUGUUUCGAAAAGAUGAUGCAGCAAUUGUCAUCCAGUCAGCAUUUAGAGGNCCAAUGAAGAAACACAAGAGGAAAAGCAGAAUUCAACGGCAAAAUUGUUUCGAAAAGAUGAUGCAGCAAUUGUCAUCCAGUCGGCAUUUAGAAGCUUUCUGGUCAAUUCACACAGCAAAGCGUCGUAAUGAAGGAAUCAAGUUGGUGGAUGCUGCACAAGAGCUCGGUGUAGAAAUAGGAAGUCCAAGUAGGGUGUCUAUAGGUACAUCAAUCGCAGUUCAAACUGCAAACUCGGCUGUAGCCUUCUCACUUCGAGAGGAAAGCUUUGCUGUGCCCCCUCGAUUGCCACCGAGAGCUAGAACUCAAGUGCUGAAGCUACAGGAAGAUUGGGAUGAUAGCACCUUGUGUAGCAGCAUAUCAGAAAUGAGGAUUCAACACAGAUUAGAGGCAGCAACUAGGCGCGAGAGAGCUCUGGCUUAUGCAUUUGCACAACAGCUCAGAAUCUGUUCAAAGAAGAAACAAACCAAAUCCGAUGGCACAGACCCUAACAUGGGUUGGAGCUGGCUAGAAAGAUGGAUGGCUACACGCCAACCUGAAAAUUUCUUGAUUGAAAACUACAUAAGCAAGCAGCUUGAACCACUUCACACCAACCAAAGGCAAGGGAUCAGAAGAAGUUCAUUUGAUAUAACAAAAAAAGAAAACGAGAGUUGCGGAUCUAAUGAAGUAUCAGUCCAAUUCGACAGCAUUUCCAUAAUAGCACCAGAAGAUAGAGACAAGCUUAGGCCCUCGAAGAACAGGCUUAAGGUGAGCAAGAAAAUUUGUGCAAGGGAUGAUGAAAUUGCAAAAAAGCAGAAGACCAAGCAAGCAGGAAGUAAGAGAGAAAUGAAAUGCAAAGAUGCUACAUCACAAGUGUCACCUGACAUGUGA